AUGCGGAGGACCAGCGGAUGGCAGUGUGGUAGGCGUGUGGUUUCACAGCUUCAAAAAGACGGACAGAGAGCCCCGGACUUCCUGUUCACUGCUGCUCAAAGAGCUCGCUUCACAGGGCUUCUUUUGAAAGAUCUCGCUGACAGCCAACAAGGAAGCAACAAAAACCGACCCUCUUAUCUCAUCUCCAACCCUGCUGUGACCAUUGGAGAGAUGACCGUAUGUUACAUCCUGGAUGGGAUUCUAAUCCUUUAUGGCAUCAUUCUCACCGUCUUAUACUGCAGACUGAGGAUGAGUUCGUCCAACAAAGAACCUCCCAAUCCCGUUGAGAAGAAGCCCGCUGAGGGAGGCAUCUAUGCGGGUCUUACCUCUCACAGCACUGAUACCUAUGAGACCAUUAAAAUUGAUAAAAAACCAGUCGUCUGAUCGAUGGAGGAUUUGGUGCAGAAAGGACGCUGAGCACAAAAACAAAGCUUUAUACUGUAUAUUACAUUGUAUGUUAAGAGUUUCUACAUCCCUUUUCCUGAUGUAAAAUAUAACUUUUAUUUCUAAACUUUGCAUGUAUUAAAUGUUAAACUAAGCUAAUUUAACAGUUUACUAAUAGAAGCUAAGUCAGUGUGUAUUCACUGCACAUCAUUCUGUGUUUCACAGCUGGUUUCACCCAAGUUACGAAAAAAGAGAAGUUUAAAUUUAUCUUUUGUUUCUGUUCAUGUGUUCCCUUUUUGCUGAAUUAAGGAGUGCUUUUACUUCACUUUAUGUGAAAAUCUAGGAGUGCAACAUAUAAUUAUUUUUUUAUCAGCAAUUAAUCUGCUAAUAAUCUAUAUUAUAUAUAUAUUAAUCAAAUGCCCAUGAUGAUUCUUAAAGACCAAAGGUCCAGAUUGAAGGAUUUAGAGGCAUCUAUUAGUGAUGUUGCAGAACUGAAACUCCUCCUGUGUGGGAUACUUGCAGUGGCCAACACAGAAAUGGAAAAACACGAGCGGGCCUUUGCAGAGGCAGUGUCUUUGUUUUGUUUUGUUUUGUUGGUCUGGGCUACUGUAGAACACCCAAGGAUUCUUAUUUCAGGUUAUUUUAAACUAAUGAAAACAUGCCAGUAGAUGCCCCUAAAUCCUACACACUGGACCUUUAAUUGUUAUAGAUUUCUGUGAUAUGCUGUAUGUUUAUUGCAGAAUCCAUAAAUCCAUGAACAUUGUAUGUUACAUGUUAAUUUUGUUAGCUUUUGUCUUAUCAUCUCAAUUUUUGGAGGAAAUUUAACACCAUACUUUCAGUGUUCAAUGUUCUGUGACAAUAAAUACAUGUGUAACAGCAGAGGUAUAACAGCACCAGAGGGCAAUCACACCCUUUCACUGUACAAUCCUGUUUUUUCUUCCUCCAGUCCUCACUCAGAGUCUCGCCUGCUUAUUUACAUGGAAACAUAACUGGAAAUGUAUUCAAAACAGAUUCGUAACAGCCCGUGCAGUCUGUACCUGUGUACUGUUUCCCCCCAGGCUCUUCACAACGACACAAGAAACUCACUCACUCAUCCAGCCGUCUGUUGCAACUUAACCAUUUUAACUUCCAAAACAAAAGAUAACCUACUCAGAUUGGGGUCACAGCUGCAAUUUACAAUAGGGAGCUAUUUUUUAAACCUAUAUGUUUGCUUGGUUCUUGUUCAUAUUAUCAUUGAUUCCCAUUAAACAUGACAAUGUCAGAGAGGUGAUUUCUUUCUGGUGACAGUACAAUAAAUAUAUCAGAGUAUA